AUGAAAUUGGGAUGGGACUUGAAGACAGGUCUCAAUAGGCAUCUAUCAUCUGGACCAUGUUAUGGUGAUUUCACUUAUGGGAUUGAGGUUGAUGAAGAACACCAUACGUAUCCUCAACUAGCUGUCCGUAAUGGGUCUCGAAUAUUGUAUCGUCAAGGGUUGUUGGAUGGCUUAACUUCAAGUUCCAUCGAGAGUUCUCUUUCUGACGAAUUUGUGUACAACGAUGAUGAAGUUUACUAUACUUACACCCUCCUAAAUAAGUCCAUGAUGCCAGCAAUUGUCCUGGACCUUCGCGGAAGUAUUGAAUACUUGGGCAUUUGGGCUUUUUCUGAAAAUAGAGACAAGUGUGACUCGUAUGGCUUCUGCGGACCUAAUUCACAAUGUAUUGUUGUGACAGAAAGAGAGGAGCCAAUAUGCCAAUGCUUAAAAGGCUUUAAGCCAAAGAAUGAAGACAAUUGGAACUCAAGUCUUGGUGAGAAGGGUGUGAGAGAUACAGCCCUCCAAGCUGCCAUGAUGAAGAGAAAGAAGGAUUUGAUUAUUAUUUACGCUUGA